AUGCCAACUACAGAAGAAACAUCCGUUGUGAUCGUUGGAGGCAGCCUUGUAGGCCUCUCAACAGCCCUCUUCCUCUCCCAUUUCAACGUCCCCACCAUCCUCAUAGAGCGCCACCCCGGUAGUUCUCUUCAUCCUCGCGCAAUUGGCUACACUGCCCGAACAAUUGAACUCUUCCGUACCGUUGGCGUUGAGUCAAAACUCAAAGGCAUUCAAUGGUCUGGCGGUCCUCCUCGCCGUAUCGUGGUUGAGAGUCUUGCUGGAAAGUGGACAAAAGAACAAGGCUGGACGCAAAAGUCCAAAGGUGGUCCACCAGCUUCCUUUGCGGACUAUUCGCCGACUGAAGGUGUUGCUAUCGCUCAAGAUGUCAUUGAGCCUGUUUUGAGAGAUCGAGCAAGAGAGCUUGGGGCAGAUCUCAGACUGGGCUUCACCGUUACGGGCUGGAGUCAAGAUGAUAAAGGCGUUACAGUCAACGCUACCGGAAAUGACGGCGAAGAAAUCCAUGUCAAGGCAAAAUACAUGGUCGCAUGUGAUGGCAACCGCAGCCGUAUUAGAGAAAGUCUCGGUAUCCAACGCCAUGGCGUCGGUCUCCUUCGGAAGCUCCAGAGCAUCAUGUUCAGAUGCGAGCCGCUUCAACAUUUCCUGGACCACGGCUACAGUCAAUUCCAGAUCGAAGGUCGCGAAGAUGGUUUCGAGGCUUUCAUGACUACCUAUGGCGGCGGACGAUGGAUGCUAGCUUGGAACCUGGAGGCCGACGACCCCGAAGCCAUUCUCGAUGAAGCAACCCAGCGCGACAUGGUCCGCAAGGCUUCUGGUGUACAAGAUCUCCCCGAUGAAGAUAUCCAACUCAUCACUACUGGUAAAUGGGACAUCGGCGGUCUCAUCGCGGAUCAGUUCUCUUCUGGCCGUGUCUUUCUCGCUGGCGAUGCGGCUCAUGCCCUCCCUCCCAACCGCGGCGGCUACGGCGCAAACACCGGUAUAGCUGAUGCGCAUAACCUUGCAUGGAAGCUCGCAUCUGUGCUUUGCGGCAAAUCCGCGCCAGAAAUUCUUGAUACGUACGACGUCGAGAGAAGACCUGUCGCAGAUGUCCGACAUGACCAGAUCUUUGCAAGGGAGGACUACAAGCGAUACGUCGUCGAAAAGGAAUGGCCUGGAAAGAAUGUUGAGAUUAUGGACGAUGUGGCGAUGGAGUUCGGGUAUUUCUAUAACUCGAAGACUAUUGUCGGUGGUCCAGAUGGAUCUGUUCCGGUGAAGCGGCCGGAUGAGUGGAAUGGACAACCAGGUACAAGAGCGCCCCACGUUGCACUCGACGGUGAUCACAGCUCAACUUUGGACCUUUUCGGUUCAUCUUGGGUCGUUGUAUCAAAGGAUGAGAGGUGGAACCAGCUCGUGGCAGAAGCAUCUGCAGCUACGGACGUUAAGAUUGAGUUUGUGCACGUUGGAAGCGAUGUUACAGAGAACAAGAAAGGCGAUUUCAACAGAUUGUAUGGCGUAGAUGGUACCGGUUCUUCCUUAGUCAGGCCGGAUGGGUUUGUUGCUUGGAGAGCACCGGCGUGGCCGGCUGAUGCACAGAGGGAGUUGAUGCAGGCGUUGGGUCAGGUUUCCUUCUCGCUGAGGCAUACAGAUGGGUUGCAGUGA